AUGAUGAAAUCAUCUUUCCACCGGGGAGUACAUUUCCUCUUUAAGAGGAAUUUGUUAUUAACAAACAGUAUUACAUCUGGAGGUUUUAUGGCUAUGGGUGAUUUAAUUCAACAAGAAAUUGAAGUUCAAUCGAAUGUAUUACCUACCAGAUAUGAUUGGGCUAGAACAGCUAGAAUGUUUAUAGUUGGAACUUUGUUGGGUCCUGCUCAUCAUUACUAUUAUAUUUAUUUAGAUAAAAUUCUACCUCAAGUUAAUUUGAAGACAGUUGCAAAAAAAAUUUUAUGUGAUCAAUUAUUUGCAUCACCUGCUACAAUUAUUUGUUUUUUCUAUGGUAUGGGUAUUUUGGAAGAAAAGACUAUGAAACAAAGUACAAUAGAAUUAAAAGAUAAAUUCAAAUAUGUUUAUAUGGGUGAUUGCCUAUUUUGGCCUCCAGUCCAAUUUGUUAAUUUCUAUUAUUUACCUACUCAUUACAGGGUGUUUUAUAUUAAUAUUGCAACAAUGCAUAAAGCUGGACACUUUCAACUCACCCAAAGUAUAAGGCGGUUCUCCUUAUCUCUACUCUCCAUAGCUCACAGUUACAUUAAAGUGGAAGUAAUAAUGCCUCCUAAUAAGAGAAAAAAAAUAAUACUUUCAUCAAAAAGUGCUGCAUCAAAGAGAAAAAAGUUGCAACGUAAAAAUGAAACUAUUGAACAGCGAAAUGAACGUCUCGAGAAAGCAAGAAUAAGACAAGAAAAUGCAAGAGCCGGGGAAACUACGCCCGAAAGGGAGUUACGGCUGAAAAAGGGUAGAAUCUACCAUGCGCAACGUAUAGCUUCUCAGACCAAUCGUAAAAAAAAAUUGCAAAGGGAUAAAAUUUUCCGGGAGAUCCAAAUACGCCAACAAAGUGAGAAUAAUAAGGAAGAGAGUAAAGGGGAAGACCCACAAGAGUAUGAUAUGCAUCACAUUUUAUGCUAUAGAUUUCUAGAUGCUGACAAAGAAAAAAAGCUUAACCCAGAUAAAUCUGAAAAUGAAAUGGAAUACACUUUAACAAACAUGAAAACUGAAGUGGAUGGU